UCCAACGGAGCCAUAUGAGGUGAACCUGCUUGAGUCUCGCUCUGGCGGAUCAUUGUGGAUGUGGUGGGAGCGUGUGGUGUGACAGCGGCCGCUCUCCGUCUGGUCUAGCCAGCUGAAUUGACCGGAGCGUUUCUUCAGGUAGGCCGCGGACUGCUUGAGUCCGUGUUGGAGUGGAUGCGGGAACGCUGAAGUUUCUUCCAUCAUGUCGGAAUCGCUCCGUUAUUUUUAGCGAGCACAGAGAACGACUCGUAUCUAAGUGGCCUGUUGUCUUGAAGCGGAUCCAUGGAGCAGUGGCAGGACGCCGCCUCUCAGCAGGUCAGGCAGCUGAGCAGCCGCCUGAAUGAGAUGGUCACCCGUGGACUGGACGUGCUGCGCACGGAGCUCGGCGUGGACCUCGGACUGAAGCCUGAGCUCAUCCCGCCAUGGGCGCUGCUGUUAGCGGCGUGCUCUGGACUCGUGCUGAUGGUCGUCCUGUGGGCCUCGCUCUUCCGAGCGCUCUUCAAGAAACGACCGGUGCCGAACCCUUCGGACGAAGUUAAUGAGCUAAAGCGAGGUUUGGCCAAACCCGUUAAAUCCGAGGAGCCAAAGAAAAAGAAGAAGAAAGCGGAGAAGAAGGCCCAGCCGAACGGGAGGGCCGUGGCUGAAUCACAGGAGGAGGCCAUAGUUCCUGACGAGCGAGUGCCACAUCACCAACCGCCCCCUCCUGAAACCAAGACCGAUAAGGCUGCAGAGGCAAGUGUCAGCUCCUCUCCAGUCAACCGCCAUGGUCCACAGGUAAAGAAGUCCAAGAAGAAAGCCAAACAGGUUGCCAAGGAGACAAAGUCUGGGACUGCAGAUGGGAAAGAACCAGAAGAAGGCACAUGGGAGACCAAGGUCAGCAACAAGGAGAAGCGUGAGCAACGCAAGAAGGACAAGAACUCCAGCGAUGGCUCGGCCAGUCCAGGUGGAGGAGACUCUCUUGCGAGUGCUCCACCAGAGCAGACCAAGGUUUCUGCAGCACCAGCCCCUGCCCCAAGCCAGAAAAAGAAAAAAGGAGAAUCUAAACAAAAGGCUGAGAAGGUUGACACUGCUGUUCCUCAAGUGACGACAAACAGCAGUGAGACUCCUGCUGUGGUUUCUGCUGCUGUCACCAAGAGGGCAGUGAAGGUUCCGUCUCACAACGUCACUCCCAAGAUGGUCCCGUGGACAGGCAACAGAGAGCCACCAUCACUGUGGGGAGGAGAUAUUGAUGAGUCGUGGACUGUGAUCGACCGGGGGAUGCAGCCUGCCGACCUGGGCCUGGUGUCCUUCUCCAAGCUGGGUGUUGCGUCUGAGUCUCAGCCUGUGAAUGACCUGACCUGGCUCAGUCAGCCCCGAGUGGACGACGAGUGGUCUGGAAUCAAUGGCGGCGCAGUUGACCCCAGCUCGGACUGGAACGCCCCAUCAGAAGCAUGGGGGAACUAUGAGGAGCCCACCCUGCUCCAACCCCCACUGGUUAAGGAGCAGACUAACCACGAGCAGGUGAAGGCUAAUCUGCUUGUUUCAGCCGCUGAUAAUGAUGAAGAUAAAGAUAAUGGAGACAAUUCUGCUGAUGGAGCAGCCAAAACAAAAAAGAAAAAGAAGAAGAAGAAGAAGGCUGCAGAAGAAGGAGGGGUCUCCGGACAGGGUGAUGUGCCAGAGAAGAAGGAGGAACCUGCUGCCCCGGUGAAAAAGCAGCCACCAUCUGCUCAGGAAAAAAACGCCACCGUCCAGCAUGUCAAAGCAGCUGUUGAGGCAAAAGCUGAACGACCAGUGAAGGAACACAUAUCCCAGAAGCCCGCAGUCACACAAGUGCCACAGAAACCAACUGAUGGAGAACCAACUGCCAAGCAGAACAACUGUCCUGCUCCAGUGCAGCAAAAAAAAGCUGAGGAGAGCCAACCGCCCAAGCCUGCAAAGAAGAAGAAGGUCAGGAGAGAGACAUGAGGCAGCCCAGCCUGCGGACCAUCGUAUGCAAAGACUUGAUAUCCUGUCUGAUAUGCAACACCUUUUCAGAGAAGAACUUUGGCCUGAGACUCUGUCAGGGGCUCUCGCCCAAACCUGUCUGGAGAACAAGUUUUUAUACAUACGGCGCGCGUGCGCCGGCCACGAUGAUCAAGGCGCCGUGCGAUCCAACGUCAUCCGCUGUGAAUGAAUUUUCAGUCUUCUGCCUCUGUCCUUAAUUCCACUGAAUCAAUUAACUGAAGGAACUGUCUUGUAGAAAUUAGAAUAGUAAAUACUGAUCAUGUUUAGAAAUGUACGGUUGUGGCUUCUGACCGGAGCGGAUGGUUCCCCCCCUCCCCGACACACUGGGACAUCGGACUCGCUCAUCAGCGUCUUCACCGCUGAGACGGUUCUCCAGAUUCAAUGUUGUGGUCAACUUGGACACUCAACGGGACGUAAACAGUUGUGACAAAAUGGACAUGAGCAUUAUUGAAUGCUGUAAAGGGAAACAUGUCUGCUUUGUAACUCUUGAUUUUAAAUUGCCUAAAUAUCUGUGAUGACCUACAUUUCUUCUGACCUGCUUCAUCUUGUGUCUGGCGUGGCUCUGUCUUCUGACCCUCUGUGACUCUGAGGCCCUCUAGCUUCGCCGCUGAACCGUCUCCGUGAUUUUCAACUGUGGUCGAUUCAAAAGAAUCUUUUGUAAAAACCUGUUUGUAAUAAAAGAAAGCUGAAGCCAUAUGUAAAACCAAGAGAUGAUGCCGACUUUUGUUGACGUCAUAUACAAACGGUAGAUCCACAUCUGUGUUGCUCCUUAAUGUAGUGACACGUUCAUUAACAGCUCUUUGAAGAUGCUUGAAAAAUAAACCUGUCAUUUCUAAUGUCUUGAGAGGGUUGCA